AUGGCUACGGCUGUGUACCAGGCCAUCGAUUAUGGGAGACAUCAACCUCCCGCGAUAGCUGGCGACUUUCCCGUCGACGACAAUGUCAUCAACAGCUUUCCCAUGCGUACCACCAUCUUGUCUGCUAAUAAGUUUGGCCAGUCGAAAUGGACGGUGACCGCACGUCUGGACGUGAAACAGCCUGACGGCUCGCCUGCGGCCUACUUUCUAAAAUGUGCCGCCGGAGACGCUGGCCGAGUGAUGAUCGAAGGCGAAUUCAACUCCAUGUCGGAGCUAUACAAGACAAUGCCAGAACUGGUUCCAAAGCCGUACGCCUGGGGGAAGUACUCAGCUUCCCCACUUGAGACAUAUUAUUUCCUGGCCGAGUUCAUUGACAUGUCUGACCGCGUACCAGAGCCUAAUCAGCUCUGUGCCAAGUUGGCAAGGCUGCAUAAAAUCAGUGUCUCGCCCACUGGCAAAUUCGGCUUCCACAUCACAACUUGUCAGGGCCGGAUCCCUCAAGCCAUAGCUUGGGAGAGCAAUUGGACGACCUUUUUCACCAACCUACUACGCAAUAUUAUUGCCCUAGACAACGCAGAAAAUGGUGCCUGGGACGCUCUGACUGCCCUCGAGGAUCGGCUUCUUGCUCAUGUGGUCACCUACCUUCUGGACAAUCUCACCAAGGAUGGUCGUGUGGUAAAACCCUCUCUCAUUCACGGUGAUCUCUGGGAAGGCAAUACGGGAACCUCAUAUCAAACAGGGGACAUCUACCUCUUCGAUGCGGCCGUCAUGUACGCGCACCAUGAGUUUGAGAUCGGGAAUUGGAGGUGCUACUACAACAAAAUCCACAAUAAAGUCUAUACACGGACGUACCUCCGAUACAACGGACCCAGCGAGCCGACGGAAGAAUGGGACGACCGAAAUCGUCUUUAUUGCAUUUAUUAUAAUAUAUUAUACUCGGUGAACCAUAGGAGACAAGGAAAGGCCGUGCGUCAAACAGCCUUCGAUGACAUGUACUAUCUCAUUGACAAAUUUGCGCCUUUCCCUGAAGGCCAAGGACCUGAGCGAAUCAGAGAUGCGGACAGAGGCACGCUAUCCGACGAGAGAGAUCAUACCAGAAGCUAA